AUGGAGCAGCCUGCGCCUUUUGCGUCAACAGAGGAGAGUGCCUGGGGCGGAAUCGAGGAGACGACGCAGGACCCGGAGGAAGCGAGAGUGAUCUUUGGCGCGCUGGACUCAUUUGCCCAAUACGCCAAGGUCGCCCACUUCAACGUGACACACCUCCGUCGCCGCUCAUUCUACGCUCUCCCCCAGUCGCAAUGGCAGCUACUGGCCGCCGCGCCCUUCAACUACUUGUCGACCCUGGACAAGACCGACGAUGCCAUCGACAGCAACGCCCUCUUGGCGCGCGCCAUUGUUGAUGCGGGCCUCAAGUCAUUCGGCAUGGACGAGAUCCCCACGGCCUGGAAGGGGGUGGCGAAGCACACUGACAUUGACAAGGCCAGGAGCACCGUGCGCCAGUUCUACCGCGACUGGACGCUCGACGGCGAGAGAGAGCGCAUGGCGUGCUUUGGGCCCGUGCUCGCCACAAUGGAGGCGGAGCAGAAGAAAUCCGAGGAACAGCUUAAGGUGUUAGUGCCUGGAGCUGGACUGGGACGGCUGGUAUUUGAGCUCUGCCGGCACGGGUACCAUGCGGAAGGCAACGAGAUAUCGUACCAUCAGCUGCUGGCCUCGCAGUACAUCCUGAAUGAGUGUCCCCGGGCUGGCGAGCACACCAUCUACCCGUGGGUGCAUACAUUCUCGAACCACCGGUCAAGAUCGAAUCACUUGCGUUCGUACCCCGUGCCAGAUGUCCACCCAGCGACGGCACUGAAUGCACGGGACCCGGCCGCGCCGCAGGGCACCAUGGCCAUGUGCGCUGCCGAUUUCCUCUGCGGAUACAGCGACGAGGAGCACGACGGGGCCUACGACGUCGUCGCCAGCGUCUUCUUCCUCGACACGGCGCCCAACCUGCUGCGCUACCUCGAGGUGAUACGGCACUGCCUGCGUCCGGGCGGAAUACUGAUCAAUGUGGGACCACUCCUCUGGCACUUUGAGAACAUUGCGCCCGGGAAUCACGGCACCGAUGACGACGGGGAUGGCGAGCACGACUGGAACAACUCCUCGGGCAUCGCCGACCCGGGCAGCUUCGAGCUGACCGAGGAUGAGAUCAUGGUCCUCCUCGACAAGACGGGCUUUGACGUGGAGUGGAAGACGGAAAACGUAGAGACACCGUACAUUCAGGACCGGGAGAGCAUGCUGCAGACACUGUAUCGCUCCAGCGCAUGGGUAGCCCGAAAACGAUGA